UUUGCGUGUCUUGGAUUGGCCACUUUAUUUACUCUGAUUGUCCCUUCGCGACACCAGUAGUAUUCUUUCCGGAAGAUCAACGCCUCAGAGCCGCGCUAACAUAUUUUGGUGAAGGUCGUUAGUUCUUCUUGUACUCCACAAUGUCUCUGGCUAAGCCUGCAAUGCGAGGACUCCUCGGGAAGCGUCUGAGGUUCCACCUGCCCAUCGCCUUCGCCCUGUCAGUGGUGGCUGCAGCAGCUUUCAAGUACGGUGUAACAGAGCCAAGGAAACAGGCCUAUGCCGAUUUCUACAAACAAUACGAUGCCACAAAGGAGUUCAACAACAUGAGGGAAGCUGGCAUUUUUGAAAGUGUCAGGCCAACUGGCAAAUAAACCCCUGUUGCAUCCCAUUGUGCAUUCCUGGUCUGAUGUUCCUGCUCUGUGAUUUACUGAUCGAACAUUGCUGUUAUGUUCUCAUAAAUAAACUAUCCUCUCUAUGGGUG